AUGAUUCAUACCAGAAAGAGUGUGAGGGGGCGUAUUCUGUAUUCACUCGCGUUGUAUGUGUACUGUGUACCGUGCACACAACUGUCUAGUCAGAACGUGUCGUUACCAGAUUAUCUCUCGUUGCAGGACGUACCAGUCCAAACACAAAAAGCAACCAAUCUCGGCGUCGUUGAUCAUCAUCAUGCUCCUCCGUCGUCAAUCCUCGACGAAGACGACGCCGCUUUCGUCUGUCCUAAUUUCUACCCUAACGUUAACCAACCUCCUCAAGGAUCCGUUACAGCAACCGGAUGGUCCGGAUCAACGUGGAUCGUACCGGCUAAUCAACAGACGACGAUGAUGGUGGGUACGUCGAUCCGUAUCCGUACCCGUUUGGUUACUACUACCCGUUUGGAGUUUCCUCUGGCCUCUGGGUAUAUUGAAGACGAGCCACAGCUGGAUCUUUCUCUCCAUCUCUGAAAGUGAUUUUGUUUUUCUUUCUGUUUGAUUUGUUUUUGUCUUUGUUCAGGUCUCUUCUA